UUAUGGCAAAUUGAAUUUCUGGCACAACAUUAUCAUUAAUCCCCAGUUUGCUGGGUCUCUCGUGACACUGAUAUCAUAAAACGUAUUAUUUGCGACACUCAGUGUGAACAUCUCCACCAGUGGAAGUUUAUAUCGCAUAAGUGCCGAGUCUCUCUGUUCCUGGGUCAGAAUGGCGUCAGCUCCGGCUCAGCAGCCAACCUUAACCGUGGAGCAGGCAAGAGUCGUGCUGAGCGAGGUGAUACAGGCUUUCUCUGUGCCGGAGAAUGCUGCUCGGAUGGAAGAAGCGAGAGAGAGUGCCUGCAAUGACAUGGGCAAGAUGCUGCAGCUGGUGCUACCUGUAGCCACGCAGAUACAACAAGAGGUCAUCAAAGCCUAUGGGUUCAACAAUGAAGGAGAGGGCGUUUUAAAGUUUGCUCGACUGGUGAAGAUGUAUGAGUCUCAAGACCCAGAGAUUGCUGCCAUGUCAGCCAAACUCAAGUCCCUCCUCCUCCCUCCUCUGUCAACUCCACCUAUCGGUGCUGGGAUCGCGGCCUCGUAGACCAAAAACUGUUUUGAAUGAAGCAAAUCAGCACAAGGGAAAAAGAAACCCCACAAGAGUCAUCACACAAGAAUAACUAUCACAACUGGUAAUGCUGAGUAAUACACAUCAGUUGGAGAAACUAGUCCUAACGUCAUCCAGCAACAUGUUUUUGAAAGCCUGUAAACACUACUAUGUCACCACUGUGUCAUUCCAGCUCCUCAGAAAUCCCCAUACAGUAAUACAGUGUCAAAAAUUUUCUUCCUUUUCAAUUUUUGUUCUUAAACGGUUAUUUGUUUUCUGUGUAGUGUUAGUUUUCUUGCCUGUCUUCCAUUCACAGUAUUCUGUAAACAUAUUUA